UGGUCCAUGCUCGCUCUUGACAGGAGCUCUGUGGACCUAGUGAAGUGCGGGGAACUCUCGUGUGCUGCUCCUGUUCUGUUGGACAUGUGUAAGGACCAGGCAUUCUGAAGCAUGGAAGUCCGUGCACCUGCUCUUGUCCUUGGUGGAAAACAGACGGACCAGGACUGUCUCUGCCCAAGUCUCUGAGUCCUGUCCCGGAGAAAACACUGAGGGUCAGGAGAAGUCUGAACUGUAUGUGUCUCCUCAGCACAGUCCCAGCUGAUGUGGGUGUUCCCCUUGUGACCCCAUGAGGAGUGUGGCAGUUCUGGGAGGGGGCAUCGGGGGCCUGGCUGCAGCCUAUUACCUCAGCAGGUGUACGCGGGCUAAGGUGCUUGUAUUGGAGGGGAGCAGCCGCUUUGGGGGGUGGCUCUGGUCCUGUAGGAGGUCUGAUGGAGCCGUGUUUGAGCUGGGGCCCAGAGGAGUGCGGCCAGUGGGGGCAGUGGGACGAAACACCCUCAACCUGGUGGAGGAGCUGGGUCUGGAGCCCGAGAUUCUCCCGGUGACCUACAGCCAUGUGGCGUCUCAGAACCGCUUCCUGUUUGUGCGGGGCCAGCUGUGGAAGAUGCCUGGGGGUUUGGGCGGCCUCCUGAGGACCACCCCCCCAUUCUCACGGCCCCUUCUGCCUUGGCUACUCAGAGAGGUGUUUGUGGCCAGAGGGAAAGCGGAGGAUGAGAGCCUGCACUCGUUUGUCAGCCGAAGGUUCAGCUCUGAGCUGGCGGACAUCGCGGUGGACAGUCUGUGCCGGGGCGUUUUUGCCGGAGACUGUCGUAAACUGAGUGUACGCGCCUGUUUCCCCCGACUGCACCGGGCCGAGCGCAGCCGGGGCUCUGUGCUGCUGGGCAUGCUCUUUGGUUCAGGAUCCAAACGUGACGUGUCCCCGGGGCCCCUGGCACAGAGGGCCCAGAGGGAGCGCUGGGCUCAGUGGUCUCUACGCAGAGGGGUGGAGGCCCUCCCUGAGGCCCUGGUGCACCAUCUGGAGCAGAGCAGCACUGUGGAGCUGCACACACAGGCUCCUGCCAGGGGCCUGGAGCGGACCCACUCCGGCUGGACAAUCCACACUGAGGGAGGGGAAUUGUCUGCAGACCACGUAGUCUCAGCUCUUCCAGCUAAAGCUUUGGGGGAGCUCCUGCCCUCCUCCUGUGGGCCUCUGGUCAGUCUGCUGCAGCAGCUGCCCUACGCCACUGUGGCAGUGGUCAACCUGGAGUAUCUGGGCUCUGUGCUGCCCGUACAGGGCUUUGGGCACUUGCUGCCCUCCUCAGAGGACCCUGGGCUCCUGGGCGUGGUCUAUGACUCAGUGUUCUUCCCUCAACACAACAGUCCUGACAGAGAGAGUACCCGGCUCACCGUGAUGAUGGGCGGGGCCUGGUUCCAGGAGGUUUUUGGGGACCCAGAUCAAGUGAGUCCAGACCUUCUUCUGUCCAGAGCUGAGUCUGCUGUCAGUCGACACCUGGGCAUCAGACAGAGCCCCGUGUGGAGCAAUGUGGCACUGCACCGGGACUGCAUCCCUCAGUACCUCCUUGGACAUGCACAGAGAGUGGAGCAGAUGCGCGGGUUCAUAAGCGACGCCCGGCUGCCCCUGUCCCUGGUCGGUUCCUCCUACGAUGGCGUCUCAGUGAAUGAUGUCAUCUUUAGUGGACGCAUCGCUGUGGAGAAGCUGCUUGAAGCUCAAAAGUGAAAAAUGACACACACACACUGCACUGUGCCUUCUGUAAAGAGAAGCAUUUUUGUAAAGUUUAUUUCAGUUGAAGUGUAAAAAGUUAUGGCAGUACUGGUGUAAAAUUAUAGAGCCAUGUAUAAUUUUAAUAAAGAGAAACUGUCAAAAGAUGGAAAUUAUUUUUAUAUUUAUGUAUC